CCUCCAUGCUCUCAAAAGUUCAUGCCACUUUGCUUCGUUUUGAAGCGAGUAUUUUGGCUUCCCUCGGGAAAAAUUUUCCUCAUGGGUUGACACCAGCUCUUGCCUUUGAUGUAGCUGACCACCAACCCCAAGAAAACAGCAGUAACCAGACCUCCCUGUUGGACUCUAUCCUUGGGAAUGGAAUCCUAUGGGCUUCAGUGCCAAAGCAUCGUAGGACUGCAGAAAGGAGAGCCACAAGAAGGAUGGCAAUGGCAGGUCACAGGGAAAGAUAUCUGCCAAAGAAAGACAUUGUGGCUUGCCUUGAGUGUGGACACUGGCACCAGACACAUACAAUAUGUGGUCACUGCUAUGAAAAAGUGAAGGAGGAAACGAAAGCCAUGCAAGAGGCAAUGGGAUAUGACAAGUUACACUAUGACGUGCCUCACAGCGAGGUGCACGUCCUAUACGAGGGCGAGGAGGAAGAGAAACAAAAGCACCAAGGAAAACACUUUAUUGAAAUGAAAAGGAAACGACCGGAGUGGUUUCCAAAAGAACUUAUGACACCAGCAAAGAAAUAGCUGGGUCUUCCUUGAUGGAAGGACUGAUUUUGACUUUUGAAGUUGUGAUAGUUUUCAAGUGCCCUUUUUGCUGGAGAUGAAGCUGGUCCAAUGCACAAGCUUGUUUGCCUCGGUGACCCGGGGGCUGAUCUGGCUGGAGUCUCGACUGCCGGUUGUUUGAGAGGUGGUCACCAUUGGCAAGAAAUCAAAACAGAAAGACUAGAAAUACAUGUAUGAACAUUA